AUGUCGAAAUCAAAAUCGAAACAUCGCAACCGCAAUGCAAAUCAGGUCAAGCAAACCCAGUCACCACCAGCCUCUUCGUCGCCAUCAUCUCGAGUCACAAAGUCAGGCCAAACCAAUAAUAACAAAAACAAGAAUAGCAACAGCAACAACCACCGACACAACAAUAACAAAAGCAACAAGAACAGAAAUAACAGCAACAACAACAACAACAACGCCAGAAAACCACAGCCUUCGGAGGUGUUCAAGAAACAUGGAUUGAACUCAGAAUCACCAUACGCGGGGCCAUCCAACCGUCCUCUCGCAAAUGAUAAACAAGCCAAGCCGCCUUUUAAAAAACCCCAAGUCGAGGUUCAAGAGCCAGCCGAAUCAAAACCGCCGCCACUGCAGCGUGCAUACACACCGAAAGUGAAGAAGCCAUAUGAAUAUGUGUCUGAGUCCGAGUUUGAGUUCGAAUAUAAAAAUCCGACUCAGGCUCGGGCUCCAUUGCAGUCACAAUCGAGUUUCUGGUCACCUCCACUAUCACCACCGACAACAGUGGGCCCCCAAAGGACCACACAAGUAUCUGAACAUCACGGGCGUAAGAACCGUGAGUCACCAAAUCUGGACUUGGGUUAUGAAAUGGGAUGUGAACCAGCGUCACCAUCGGGACCAUCUCGCUCAUUACUGCAAAUGGUCGUGGGCCUCAAAGAUGUCACGCCAGACUCUGACCGUGAAAACGGGGAAGCGACUGAUGAGACAGCAUUAUCGGAUGAAGAAUCUGAAUCCGAAAGGGAACAUGACCCAGACUCACCAGGCUCACCACGGCAAAAGAUCGUGAAUCUUGAAAGGCCCCUGCCACUUUCUGGCCACGACAACCAGCACAAAUCUCGUGGGACAUCGCUAUCGAAUUCAAUAGCACAGUCACAAUCUGUCUCCAUAUCACAAUCGGGACUGGGAUUGGUCUUGCCAUCGCCAGCAUCGUCGGAAAGAGUCAGGGGCCGCAAACAAGCUACACCAGCUUCUCACCCCGACUAUGGGCAAAAGACACGUCAACUAUUGACAUCGGAUAUUGACACUGAUUCUGAACCUCCAUCCGAAGCAGGACCAGAUUCAGGGCCAGAACCGUCUUCACCGUCGUCCUUGCCAUCCCCUUCCCUGUUAAAAUGCAGGUUGAAAGCCUUAAAACGAAAAAGGUCAAACAUCCACAAUUCCUCCCGGCACAAGGCAGUACCACUUCCAGCACCCCCAUCACCGGAGAGUCUACACGAGGAUGACACUGAACCUAUGUUGCCAACGGAACCUACCUGGUCUACCUUGUCACCGUUGGAUAGGCCCACAUAUCCAGAGCCAACAAUACCAAACUUCAGAAUUCUGCAUUGGCGAGGCGCCUGCGAGCUGAAACGACAGCCAUCACCUUCCUCGUCACAGUUGGAUUUAGUGAUAGGACCCGAGUCUCCAUCAAAAUCAAUACCCGCAUCCGAAUUCCUACCACAGGACUCCGAAUUUGAAUAUCGAGAUCCGUCUCCAACUCUAUCAAUGACACCAGCAUCGUCUCCGCCUGUACCUCCCUCUGUCCCACAAAUUGUACCUCGAGAUAUUACUCCGUCACCCCCACCUCAACGCUGGUUACUGAGACUCCAAUGGAAAGGCCAGAAAUCGUCAUCAAGACCAACCAUCUGGGCAUCGCGUCUUCGGGCUAAAUGCUACAUCAAAGGCGGCGGAGCUCCUCUUAUGGUGGACGGCAAUAAAUAUCCACAUCUUUUCGCCGAAUUUCCGCCUGCUGCUCACAAUAAUCCCGAGUGGAUGUUCCCAGAUGCCUCAGAUGACGAUCGCGAGUUUGAGCCUCAAGAGGAUGGUAAUCUUGAGCUUCCAACGGCCAAACGACCGAGAUUAGGGUUGUCUGAAAACUUGACAGAGCGAGAGGAGUCACCAGAGGCAAGGUCAUCAGGUCUUGGGCAAUUGGCAGCAUCCGCACAUGGGUCAGAGCGCUUGCAAUCGUCAGAGUCUGAGCAAUCGCCAGAGGUUGGGUCAUUUCCAGAGUCGGAGCUAGACCUUGCACCAUUGCUAGACCUUGUGACAUCAUCAGGGUCCAAUGAAUUGCCCGAGCUUGAAAGAUCAUCUGAUGCCGAGAGCGAACAACCGCGCACGCCUCCUUCCAUCCGGGAUGAGUUAUCGAUUGGGCGGGUCCGGCAACUUAACAAGCGGAUCGAAGAGGCGAUCAAGAGAGAUAAGAAAGAUCAUCCUAAGCAUUGGGGUGGUUCAUGGAUGAAAGAAUAUGUGAGAGGUGGAUUGAUAAAGGAGAGGGUUGAGGUGGAGUACAGGGAAAAGAUGAUGAGGGAGAAAGAAGAAGAGGCGGAAAAAAAGGAAAGGAAAAAGCAGGAGGGGGAUAAAAAGAAAAUGGAAAGGGAAAGAAAAAGAAUGGAAGAGCAAAGGAUACAGGAGGAGAGGGAGGCACAGAAGCGAAAGGAAGAGGAGCAGAAGAGGCAGAAGCAGCAGGAGAUUCAAAGGAGGGAUGAAUUGGAGCGACGGAGGGAGAAGAAGAGGGAAAAGGCGAGGGAAAUGCUGCAAAAGUCGUUAUCGGAGUCUCAGAAGAGAUACAUGGAAGAUCUUGGGGUCGAGAUCUAA